CAUAACUUAGAGUUAUUUGAAAAAGGCAUAAAUACACUAGGACCCUCUCUAUUCUGAAUUAAAAAACAAUGAGUCUUGACCGCAUGCAUAGAUAUGGUGAUAAUCCUAAAAGUCCUACAAGCCCCACUUUUGAACAACUUCUCCGAGGCGAUGGUUCAAAGUGGUCACCAAUCUCCUCAUCACCUACAUUUGGGAGGGAUCAUGACCCAGAAGAAGAUCAUGCCCAUCCUCAAAAGAAAUCAGUUCUCACCAAAGUGAAGGAGAAGGCCAAGAAAUUGAGAAAUACUCUCAGCAACAAGAAGAGGAAUAGUGAGGAUGAUAACACCACACCUUCUUGGGGUGUCAGCUUAGAUGAUUAUGAAGAAGAAGAAGAAGAAGAAGAUGCUGAAUACCUUGGAGCCCCAAUGUAUGAAUCGGAGCUGGCACCUGAGAUGUAUAGGGAAACUGCCAGGCAGCAUCCAAGAGAAAUACCUGUGAUUUCUGAAAAGCAUGUUUUGUCAAGCAGUGUCAAUUGUAAUGCUGAACAAGAAAAAGAGAAGACUACUAGUCCAAACAAGACAAUAACUGAAACUGUGACUGAGAGGUUGGCACCAGCUUAUGCUGCAGUAUCGGAUGCAACCUAUGCGCUUGCCUCAAAAGUCCAAGGCCUCACAGUUUCAACACCAGCAGCUUCACAGACCACAUCAAGGGAGGCUAUUGCUCCACAGCCCUUGUCAGGCCAGACAGUUCCACAAACUUAUUCAGGCACUUCGGUUCCACAAACUUAUUCUUCCUCUUUUGCUCCUGAAAUAGGAACGCAUGCUAAUCCUAAUGAGCAAAUAUGGGAUAAGGGUGUUUCAGUGAAGGAGUAUUUGAUGCAUAAACUUGAGCCUGGGGAAGAUGAGAGAGCACUUUCUCAAGUGAUAUCUGAGGCAAUGAGUCCAAGGUCAAGGAGAACUCCGGGUGAUAUAGGUGUGGUGGAGAAGGUGAGAGAGGCUGUGACUUCUUUGCUCUGGCAUGAAGAAUCGUCCAAACACACAGCUGCGAAUUCAGCUAAAAGCACAACAUCUCACCUGCCAAUUUCCACCAAUGCACAUUUGGCUAAAAACUCAGCAUCACAUAUUCCGAUCUCCACCAAUGUUCAUGAAGUUGGUGAGGAAGAAAAUCAUGGAAGAAUACUCCAAGCCAAUUAAAUAUGAGGAAUCCUACUUUUGAAAAGGAAGCAAAUUUCUGAAUUAUGUACAAGCUUUAUGUAUCAAUAAGUAGUUCGCAGAGAUAACUUCCUCUGUUUGAACAAGCUUUAUAUGGUCACCAAUAAAUUUUUUUUGCAGCUCUGUAAGUUAAAAAAAUGUACAAAUUAAUCCAACAAAUGUGAACC